AACCCCAUUUGGUGGCGUGGUACAGCUUCCAGUCUCGUUCUUCCCGUGUUAUAUAUAUUAAUUAAAUUAGAAAGAGAUAAAGAACAACAAAUACAAAGCAUAGUGUAAGAUUGAAGAAGAGGGAAAGAGGGAGAGAGCUGCGGAUCCAGAUCUCCACUUUCGUCUUCAAAGCCUCUUUAGGUGCUAAGCUCUCUCCCUGAUGCCAUGGAGAGUCGUCGGGUCUUAGCGCUUAGUCUCUGGAUCUCUACACUUCUUCAGUUGUUCAUCCAUGGAGAAUGCUUCUAUCUUCCCGGUGUCGCUCCAGAGGAUUUCCAAAAGGGGGAUCUGUUGAAGGUGAAAGUUAACAAACUGACCUCCACAAAGACUCAGCUUCCUUACUCCUAUUAUUCUCUCCCCUAUUGCCCUCCAGAGAGAAUAAUUGACAGUGCUGAGAAUCUUGGAGAAGUUCUUCGUGGUGACCGUAUUGAGAACUCUCCUUAUGUGUUUAAAAUGAGGGAACCACAGAUGUGUAAUGUGGUCUGCCGGAUAGUACUUGAUGAAAAAACCACAAAGGCCUUCAAGGAAAAGAUAGACGAUGAAUAUCGGGUCAACAUGAUUUUGGAUAAUCUUCCUCUGGCUGUUCCUAUGCGAAGGCAAGAUCAGGAAUUCCCUAUGGUGUAUCAACAUGGCUUUCAUGUUGGACUGAAAGGGGCAUAUACUGGAGUCAAGGGUGAAAAGCAUUUUAUCCACAACCAUUUACAAUUUACCGUGAAGUUUCACAAAGAUUUACAGACUGACGCUGCAAGGAUUGUGGGAUUUGAGGUCAAACCAUUCAGUGUUAAACAUGAAUAUGAGGGUGAGUGGAAUGAAAAGACUCGGUUAACGACCUGUGACCCACAUGCAAAACGAACUGUUACCAACUCUGAUUCUCCUCAAGAGGUCGAAGAUAAGAAGGAAAUUAUAUUCACAUAUGAUGUCGAGUUUGAGCCUAGUGAUGUGAAGUGGGCAUCACGAUGGGAUACCUAUCUCCUUAUGACUGACGACCAAAUCCACUGGUUUUCAAUUGUCAAUUCUUUGAUGAUUGUUCUCUUCCUGUCGGGCAUGGUUGCUAUGAUUAUGUUGAGGACACUGUACCGUGACAUCUCCAAGUACAACCAACUGGAGACCCAAGAAGAAGCCCAAGAAGAGACAGGAUGGAAGCUGGUCCAUGGAGAUGUUUUCAGGGCCCCAGUGAACUCUGAUCUUCUCUGUGUCUAUGUGGGUACGGGUGUCCAGUUCUUUGGGAUGAUACUUGUCACCAUGAUCUUCGCUCUUCUUGGAUUCCUCUCCCCCUCAAAUCGGGGUGGGUUAAUGACAGCCAUGCUCCUACUCUGGGUCUUCAUGGGCUUGUUUGCUGGUUACUCUGCAGCCCGUCUAUUCAAGAUGUUUAAGGGAACAGAGUGGAGGAAAAUCACUCUCAGAACUGCAUUCAUGUUCCCUGGAGUUGUCUUUGUCAUUUUCUUCAUCUUGAAUGCUCUUAUUUGGGGGCAGAAGUCAUCAGGAGCAGUUCCUUUUGGGACCAUGUUUGCUCUCGUCUUUCUUUGGUUUGGAAUCUCAGUCCCACUUGUAUUUGUGGGUGGCUACGUUGGGUUCAAGAAGCCUGCAAUUGAGGAACCUGUGAAGACAAAUAAGAUUCCAAGGCAGAUCCCAGAGCAGGCCUGGUACAUGAACCCAGUUUUCUCAGUCCUGAUUGGGGGGAUACUCCCAUUUGGAGCUGUCUUCAUUGAGCUGUUCUUCAUUCUGACGUCUAUCUGGUUACACCAAUCCUACUAUAUCUUUGGCUUCCUCUUCAUAGUCUUCGUGAUCCUUGUUGUCACGUGUGCGGAGAUCACAAUCGUUUUGUGUUACUUCCAGCUGUGCAGUGAGGAUUACUUGUGGUGGUGGAGAUCGUAUCUGACCUCGGGGUCGUCCGCAUUCUACCUCUUCCUCUAUGCAACCUUCUACUUCUUCACAAAACUCGAGAUCACGAAGCCAAUAUCUGGGGUGCUGUAUUUUGGUUACAUGCUGAUUGUCUCGUAUGCAUUCUUUGUGCUGACUGGCACAAUUGGUUUCUAUGCUUGCUUUUGGUUCACAAGGCUCAUCUACUCAUCAGUGAAGAUUGAUUGACAUGAGUUCAGAUGGGUGGCUGAUUGGUUCAUCUUUCGGAGGAAGCAAAAAAUUCUCUCCGGAUUGGAUAUGGAUGGCAGGUUACUCUUUAACUUUGGGAGUUAAUGUUGAGUUUUGCAUAUCGAAGCGCUCUUGAUUCUGUUUGAAUAGAAAUUGUUUCUUAACCUCUUGAUAGCUUCUUAGAUUCUCCCAUUUCUUUCUUCUGUUUUUUUGUUCUUUUUACACAGGUCCUUUUGAUUAAUUUUUCUUUCUUGUAUCUGAACAAAAGCUGUGAGAGAAUUGUCAAGGCACGUUGCCAUCCACACCAAACUGCAUUUAGAAAUGAAAGAAUUCAGUGUAUCAA